GUAGUAGUAUCCAUAUAAUGAAUUAUUAACAUUAUUACGACAGUAGCGUUUAAAUUAUUGCGAUAAGUAUCGCACACACGAUUUUUAGAUCGCAUGUUUCUCGUUUUUGCUGAGUGGCAAAACUACUUCGACAUUACUUCGACGUACUUCGAUGUCUAAUGCAAAUGAAUUUUCAACGUAUAUUCCCCUAUUAUUAAUCGCGAAAAUGGCAUGUUACAUGUAUUGAAACGUACUCAUUGUCAGCUGUCACGCUAUACACUCUGUUGCCGUUUCGGUUCCGGUGCGGCUUAAAAGGUCUAUAUCUCAAUACAAAUUUCAAUCAGUACUUUUCAAGUUACCGAGCGGAAUCCUUUCAUCUGUUUAGUCUCCACGCACACAUAUUCGAGAGAAAGAAAUCGGCAGUCUGAACCAUGGCUUCGAUAGAUUUAGUGCCGUUCGAAGAGGAGCUAAAAAGAAAUCCUGAAUUAAAAGAAACGGAUAUACAAAUGUUGAGAGAAUGGUGCGAGAAACAACCUCACUUGCCAAAGAUAUCAAACAGCGAACUAGCAUUGUUCCUACACAACAAUUAUUACCGACUUGAGCCGACCAAGACUACUAUCGAUACCUUCUUCACAGUUAGGACUCAUGUACCAGAGUUCUUUUUCAAUCGGGAUUUGACAAACAAUAAAGAACUCAAAAAAACCAAGCAAAUUGUAACACAACAGAUUUUGGAAGGAACUACUAAAGACGGCUACAAAAUCAUAUACGGAAGAUUGCUGGAUAGCGAGCCAUCGCACUUUGUUUAUAACGACGUGAUGAAAUUGCUAAAUAUGGUAAUAGAUUUGUGGCUCUAUACGCAGGGUACCUGUAACGGCCACGUAAUAUUAUUCGACAUGAAAAACAUUUCUUUCGGCCACGUUGGCCGUUUGAGUCCCAUGGGACUCAAGAAAUUCCUUUACUAUUUACAAGAGGGUUUGCCCGUUAGGCUGAAGGGUUUCCACUUUAUGAAUGCUUCUCCGGUAAUCGAUGUCAUUCUGAAUAUGAUGAGACCCUUUAUGAAGAAACAACUGAUGGAUAUGGUAAGAUUGUAAUUAAAUUAUAUAUGUAUACAGCGUUCGUCGAGAGAUCCAAAAUUGCAUAUUUAAAAGAAGCAAGAAAUAAAAAUUAAUCUUUUAUAUAUUUGAUAUACAUAAAUCCUUUUAGAGAAAAUAUGAGUUUUUAAAAAUAUAAUAUUUUACAUGACUAAAAAAACAUAUCACCGCAAUAUACAGUGGCGUGCAAAAGUUUCCGGCCUGUGACAUUUCGUACUCUAAUUUAUU